GUCUACCACGACUCUUUACCUGUCCUUCAAUAAUGAGAGUGGAUUGUGUCUUUACCAAUAGACACAUGUGUUUGUGUUCCCAUUUUCUGUCCAUUGUUCAAAUGUAAAUGGAAACAUUAGUCCAGAGACUCGCGGGGAACUACAAGACAAGCAGCCCCCGUUACCUGGGUGAUGAUGACCCUCAAAUCCAGGCUUACUUGAUUAAUCAAGCAACAAGCCCAGAACCAGUGGAAGAGGUUUUCGACGAAGACGGAGUAAUACGUCUGUACAUUCCAGAGUUUGAUAAUUACGGAGGAGAGGAAACCGAAAGAAGUGACACACAUUUCCCCGGCAGUGAUCCCUCUGACCCUUGUAUCCUUGAAGAUCAAUUCUGUGUUGAUGAGGUCACACAUCAAGGAAAUUCUAACACUGUUUAUCGUGUAAAAUCAGCUCCCCCUGGUGGUCGUGUAGGGAAACAACCUAUCAGUAAUAAUUCUCCAACUUUUUCUCCAAAGGAAUCAGGUCGAACGUACAUAACUGCUAAUAAUUAUUUACAGAAUUUAUAUCCAAAAUCACAGCGAUAUAUUCAUAAAACUGUAUAUGAAGUUACGUCCCCUAACAAGAGUGAUCCAACCGACAACAUUCGAGGAAGGUGUACUAAUGUUACUGCCGUCUUAAACAAACCCAUAGCCUCACCUUCAGAAACGGGAUUUAAAAAACGAACAAAACCCAUUCGUCCCAGUUACAGUGCUAAUUCUAUUCGUAAAGUAGGAAAACAAAAAGAAACUAAGAAGAUGAAUUACAUCGGUGGAGAGCGGUUUAUAUCCAAUGGAAUGACGUCAGGCAAUAUGAUGUCUACUCACAUGACAACGUCAUCGUCAAGUCAUAUAAAUCGUGUUCAGGAGAAAGAGGAGCUACAGCGUUUGAACGAUAGGUUCAGUUCUUAUGUGCAGCGUGUGCGACAGCUACGUGAACAAAGUGGACAAAUUGACUCCUCAUCGUUCCUUAAGACCACUAAACAAUUAGAGGAGGAAGUGGCGAACCUUAAAAAUUUAUAUGAACAUGAACUCAACAACAUCAGGUGUCAGCUAGAUGAGGUGACAAAGGAAAAGAACUCCUUUCAUCUACAGUUCAACAAGAGUAACCAAACUGCAGCUGACCUUCAGGACAGAUUUUCAGUAGAAGUAGACAAGAAUAGGAAGCUAACAGACGACAUCAAUGUGUGUCAGAGAAAGAUGGUGGCUUUACAGGCCGAACUGGAGGACGCCAAAAUGUCAUCCAGUCAACCCUACGAGGAUAUCAAUCGGCUGCAGCGAGAUAUUGACUGCCUUGUAAGAGAAAAUGAAAAUUACAAGAGAAGAUCUGAGAAGGAACAGUUAAUUAGACAAGAGUGUGAGGACAAGCUGAGCCAGUGUAUGAAGAAGGCCGAAUUCAACGAACAGGUGUUCAACCAGCAGAUGAACGAGGCCCGUGAACGGCUGAAUGUAUCCACGGCUACCAUACUGUCACUGGAAGGUCGUGUGCGCGACCUGAGUAAGACGGACACUACGGUGCCCGAGAUGAUUCGUCAAGUGAGGGAGGCAGCCGAGGAGGAACUUGCUCAGUACAAAAUGAAUUCUGAAAAUGAAUUCGCCCGCAAUAUAAACUCUCUGAAAGUCCAGAUGGAAAAUGAUGCCCAAACAGUAGAAAGGAUAAACCGAGAGAAAUCUGACCUGUUGGGAAGCACCGGCGAGUUAAAGGCCAGGAUUACCUCCCUUGAGGGACAGAUACAGAUGUUGGAACAUCAGAGAAAGUCUGCUGAAGAAAUGUUGCAGCAAGAACGACAGCGAUCUGCUGAACAGAUUCAAAUCAUGGAAAAGAAAUUCCGGGAAGUCCAAGAUUUACUUAUUGUGAAAAUGAGGGAAGUGAAUGUGUCGCGAGACACAAACAUCCCACUGAAGGCAGAGAUUGAGGCCAUGAAGGUUCUACUAGAGGAGGAGGAGCGCAGACUUUGUAAUUCUGCUGUUUUCACUACACAACAAACCACAACUACGCCAGCUACUGUGGCAUACACUGCCGCCAUGCGACCUUUGACUCCCUCAGCUCCUCCCAUGUCGCCAGCUCACCCAGCCAUGUUUUCUAACAUGCAUCUGACAGAAGUCGGCCCGGAUUCUAUGGUGCCCCAUACCGAGAUGCUUGACCCUGUUGUAUCUUCAACCCUAGCCAAACAGGAAUAUGAAACCAUGGCAUCCUCACCUGACUUCCCUUGUGCCACACGUUAUACUUAUGAGGCCACACCCAGUAUGAACCGUCUACAGAUCGAACCGUCACCACCUGUUACUCCUCGACCUGUUGGUCCAGUUGCCAGGGUCAAAUCAGCCCCAGCCUCCGGCCAGGGUAGAAUCACAGCAGCAGGCCUUGUACCGGCCAGUCUUGGUCAAGGAAAGGACUACUUUGAUGAAAUGUUCCGUGAUCUUACACGAGAGACACUUUACACACAAGUACGCCCAAAAAGUAGUCCCACUGAACGACAACCAACGUCGACAUACCACGAUUAUAAUACCUCCACCUCCAGCAGAAGUGAAAGUGUAGGACUCCCGGAGUGCGAGUCUCCCGACAACACAUUUACGUUUAGUGAGGGUAAGAAAGCAAAGAAGGGCAAGUUAAAACGCAAAUUGUGUGGUGAACAGUACUACUACGCCAGUGCCAUAGGAGACAUCAAGAUCCUUGAGGUGAACCAGGAGGGCAAGUACAUCCGGCUGUCCAACGACUCGGAGCAGGAGGCAGAGUUUGGAGGGUUUAUGAUCCAACAGAAUGUCGGAGGACACCCAGUAGCUGUAUACAGAUUCCCUUCACGCGCCAAAUUCCCCAAACAGUCCACCAUCACUGUGUGGUCAGGAAGUAACGAGGCCAUCCUACACCAACCCCCAACAGACUACGUGUGGAAGGAGCAAAGCAAGUGGGGCACUGGGCCCGAAUGUACCACCAUCCUCUGUAAACCUAACGGCCAGGCUAUUGCAUGGACUACAGCUGCACACAGAUUCACCAGAAACGCGUUUGAAGAUACACGACCAAACUCAGACUUAGACGACUAUCAAGAAAACACAGAGCCAGUCAUGAAUGCCGACCAGGAAAGUUUAACAGAUAUGACUGUUAACAUCAACGAACCGCGACCAGAUCCCGUUUACUUACGCAGAGAGAAGCAGGCUCCACCAACACUGGUCCCACAAAAACAUCCCCAUGGUAUAAGUCCUGGCCGAGAGUCUCAUCCUCAUUCUGGACAAGCACGACCUCUAACAUACGGCAAUGAUAACAGUACAUUGAACCGCCAGUCUCGGUCACAGACCACACGUCCAGAUCCCGUCCCAGGUCAACCUUAUGCAGGAGCAGCAGCUCAAAAGAUGGGAAGUGCACCACUGCGCAAAUUUUCACCAAACCAGAUGACUCGCGGAAACACAAACAUGUCUAAACAAUCGUCAUUUUGGAACAACUCCUCAAGAAAUAGAAAGACUGCUGGUACUAUCCGGUUUGGACCACCGACACCUUUCUUAUCUCCCUUGCAGCAAGAGUUCAACAGCCGUUCCACUUCACUUGUUCGCUUCACUAGUUAAAUCACGAACUUCCCUAGGAAAAUGAGCGGCCAUCGACUCCACCAAAUUCAUUCAUGACUCCCCACAACAGAUUUGAGACGGGGUUAAAGCAGAUCCAGUCCCAGCACAAUAUGGAUUUCCUGCCCCCAAUGCCACGCCCCCCUCUCUUCUCCUCAUGGUAGUGCCACAUCCAUGUUCACUGUCAUCGUCAGGCUGUCAACACUUUCUGUCAACAUUUUGCUGUUAAGACUCGGAGUAACAUGUUAUGUUAACUUACUGUAAAUGUAAGGAUACAAAGCUGUUGUAAUCACAUUUGUCCAUGGACCAUUUUGAAAACUUCUGUCUUCCUGAUCUUUCGCUCCGUUUCGUAUACACUGUAUAUUGUGUGUGGUGUAAAAUCUGAACUUUCUGUUGUUGCUGCUGCGGCUAUGUGUAAUGACCGAUAUGACUACAUCAUUUGUCAAUCUGACUAAGUAUUAGACCUUAGGGAAGACUUUCCCGGUAUUUAACAGGUUCUUCAAAAUGGUCCAUUUCAUCAAAAUGUCAAACUUAAAUGAAUGCUAUUAUUGAAAAUAUAAUGCUGUGAUAAGAAAUGGAAAUCAAAAUGGUUUGUUUUUAUACUUUAAUCUUCACAAUGUGAUAUAACAGUAUAUAGGUAUGUUAAAUAGUGAAUGGAAUUUAUUUAAAAAAGAAACUCAUUAAACGACCAUCAUAUAUAUGUCUAAUGACAUCGCCAUGACAACGUAAACAAGUUAGAAGCCUUACUGCCAUUUAGAACCUAUGUAUGUAGUAUAUAUAGUGCGACACGGAUAGAGUAUGACAAGGUGUAACACGCAGUAUUAGUUGCUGAUCAAUGUUUUUAUCACGUAUACAUGGUUUAGUUACAUGUCAAUGUGUUAAGUGUUUUUGUUCAUUGUCUUCAAAUCAUAAUUGACCAAUAGACACUACAGCUGAAAGAAUGGCAUCAGACCCUACGAGGAAACACCAUUGCCAUUGCUUAUAUUGGUACCACAGUUCUUCACUGAAGUGGCUUAUACAAGAAGAUAUUCAGGGAACUUUGAACACGAUAUUGAUAUGCAUAAUUCUAAAAAAUAUAUUAAAGUUAGUUUGUUAAGUAUUUAUUUAGAUAUUUCCAGCUGUAGAUUUUAUACAUAGUUCUAUCUUUAUUUUGUGAUCCGUCCAUAUAAUCAUUUGAUGUAUCAAUCUCAUAUAAUAUUUUUAUUAAGCAGAAGUAAUUCCUUAUAAAGGGAGAUAACCGUGUUAGUUUACCCAAACAAGGGAGCAUUUAGUGCUGUAUUUGUUAGAGAACUAUGGAGAUGAUAGUAGUCAUUAUGUAGUAGUAGACUUGUACAGUGAUCAUUCUUGUCCUGUCACCAAUCUUGUGCUGUUAAUUGUGCCUAGAUUUUGUUAUGAUUUGAUUCAUUCCCUCCAAAGAAACCUGUGAUAUUUACAUUGUAUAAUAUAUUGCUUAAGUUAGAGGAAGCUAAACUGUAUGUACAGCUUAUAACUUCAUGCUAUGAAUUGUUUAUUACACAGAUAUAUAAUUACAUGAUGUAGGGGAAGAUUAUUUGUAGGUUUUGUUGAAUUAAGGAUUUAAAUGCUGGAGGGAUGUUUGGAACAAAAUCUGUAUUGAUAGUAAGACACUUUAUUGGUAUUAUUUCUCACCUUUUAUAUCUGAUUCAUGUUCAUGUUUUUUUUCUUUUUAACUUUACAAUUACAUUGAUAAAAUUUCAUUUUUUAAUAAAUUAUGUAAAAUAUAUAGCAAUUUUUCUUUUCUUCAUUUUUUAAAUUUUUUUUUUAGAGAUUUAUAAUAUACAAGGUUUUCUGCGGUGAUAAAUGUUGAUGGUAAAUAAUUGUCUAUUUAUAGAUUCCUGUCCUGAUUUACAAGUGAGGCAGGUUUUACUAACUUAAACAACUUCAUGUUCCAGUAACCAUAUUAAGGAGGAUAACCAGAUAAUCUGUGCUUUGUAGAAACUUUGUGUCCAGGUAGCCAGAGUUAAGAGUAUUGAAUGCUAUGGAGAGGUUUAUUUUUAUUUAGCAUUAUCUUCUAUCAAAUUUUAAAUAAAUAUGAAAUUAAUCUUAA